GACACCGAAUGCCACUGGUUACACAUCAUACGGUUUGGUAAACAUUUGUUUCUUCGAUCCAGUUAUAUAUAUUUAUAACUUGUUUUCCUAAACCCCCUGCAAGAAAGAAUCAUGGCGGACCAGAGACUUAAACAAAUAAAAAUUAAGACAGGAGUUGUCAAACGCCUAGCCAAGGAAAAGGUAUACUAUGAGAAGGAAGUUGGCAAAGAAGAGGAGCGCUAUGAGAAACUAAAACGAGAGGGGGGCGAUGACCACGUCCUUAGAAAGCAGACUGAAGUGAUCAAUGAGUCCAAGGUGAUGAUUCCUGAUACGAGAAACCGACUUGUGAAGGCCAGUGAGGACCUACGAAAUGUUCUGGACACUGAAAGUGAUUUGAAUGAAGCCAAUGAAUACAAGGAGGCUCUGAAGGUCCUGGAAGAAGCUGACUCUGUGUUAGCUGCCUGAACAUUGAGUUGGACGCUUGAAGAUUGAGAUGGCCACAAUAUUGUGAAAUUUCAUGCUCUGGGAAAAUGGGGCUUAUUGCAUGUGUGUAAAGUGUCAUCCCAGAUUCCCCUGUGAAGUCUGCAUAGUCUUAUUAGGGAUGACACUUUCCGCUUUUAUGGAACUUUGUGUUUAAAGGAAGUCUCUUCCAAACGGUCAACCAGUCUAUUCAGAAAGCGUUGUCCCUAAUUUGCUGUGUGGACUGUACAGGCUAAUCUAGGGUGACACUUUACACACAUGCAUUAAGCCCCAUUUUGCCAGAGCAAGACUUAUUUGUAAUGCAACCUCGAGCCCUUUGCACUGCAGUAGAUAGUGAAUGUGAUGUAUAUGUAAGAGCUUUUAGGAAUCAGCUGGGGAGGUGUGUUGCAUUAUGUUGUUGCUUAGAUGUUUUCAUUUUUAAAAUCAGCUUGCACUUUUAGGCAGAAAAUUAAUGGCUGCACGUGCCUCUACAGUGAUGAACAUACAGCGCGCACCCACUAUAAGCUUGUAUGUCUUACUGAUAGGUUGUUUGCAUGAUUUCAUUGCAGCCCAGAAUAACUUGUAACUAAUGAUACGUUCAAAGAAUUUGAGCUUUCUUUUAGGUAUGUCUUACUGUUAGGUCUUUGCCAUGUUUGUAUGAAGCAGUCCAUAUGACUUUGGGUUUACCCAUUUGAGCCCAUCUCUGUUAAACAGAAAGCAAACAUCAUGGUUCGUUAUAACAUUAUAACCACACAUUUAUAUUUAUUCAAACUCGAGUAUAUUGUUAAUGGGUUUUAUUUAAGGCAUUUUGUACACUGUUAUUUCAAAUCUUACUGUUUAAUCUUGUGGUUCAUUACAUUAUUGAGUAAUCGAUGGUUUUUAUGUUAUAUAUACAUACAGAUGUAUAUUUGUUCUUAUUGCCAUAUUAUUUCAAAUAUAUGCAUGAAAGUA